ACGUCAUACAUCUUUCCCCCCUUCAUUCGAUGUUCAUCGCGCUUGUGUUUGGGCAUUGUGUGACUUUAGUUCCCGCGAAAGAAAAGGGGAAGUGAAAGAAAGAUCAUCGGUGCGAUCAGAGAUGAGAACUAAAAAACGACCGAGGGAGAACACUCCAAUAUUGGAUGCCCAGACGGAAUCAGCCGAUCGAGAGCAGUUUUUAAAGGCAUUUGAAAAACCAACACAAAUUUAUCGUUAUCUAAGAGCAAGGCAUCAAAUUUCUCCUAUAAUACUACACAGAACGUUAACCUACAUGAAACAAAGAAGAUCUGUCGGUAAUGUUAAGAGGAAAAACUUCGACAUAAAUUCCAUUCUGAAGACAGUUACAGAUGAUCAACAGAAAACUUCUUCAAAAACAGAGAAAACAAGGUCUCUGAAUUUGAAAAUUACAGGAUACUUUUGUGAAGACGAGAGCAAUGACAAAGUCGAUGUAGAUGUAUCGCUUCUUCAAGUGUGCGAGAAGCGGCGGGGAGGAUCAGUGAAGUCGGUAACGAAGACCUCCCUGGGGACUCCAAGUGUCCCUGUAAACCCCUCCAGGGAGGGGAGCCAUGAGCUUUUCACCAUCUCUCAUGAGUGCUUCAACAACACUCACAUUUUACCAGUCAAACCUCUCAUCCUGUGUCUUAGUGUCAACACCUCGCCUAAAAAUAGUACAAUAGCCAACGGGCAGUGCAAUGGAAAGACAAACUCAUCUGAUGAUGAUCAGCCAAACAAAAAGAGAAGAAAUGGUCAGAUUACACCUGAUGAUAAAGAGAAGGCUGUCUUUAGUACAGAGGUUGUAAUAAUGGACAGAACCAAGAAGUGCCAUCUAGUCAAUGGAGACUAUGAGUUUGUUCUGCAUGAACAGGGGGCAGACUUCAAAAAUGCAUCUUGGGAGACUGUCAUGAAUGGCAAGCAUGUUCAGGCCUUUGAGGUGUUUAACUUUCAUCCUACUCUGAAGUGCUCUAUAGACUGGGUCUUAAAUAGUAAACCAGACAACUCAUUCAACUCAGGGGCCACAGAUACUCAUACACAAUACAUAAUGGACAAUCGACUCACCCAAGUUCCCCUCAACUCAGGGACUGUCUCAAAAGAGGAGGAACAAAUGACUCCAAAGAAAAGGCAGCGUGUAUUUUACCAGUUUCUUUAUAACAACAGCACUCGCCACCAGAAUGAGGCUCGGGAUGACCUUAGCUGUCCUUGGUGUGCUCUUAACUGCAUCAGUUUAUAUGGAUUACUCAAACACCUGCGACUCUGUCAUGCCAGAUUUAACUUUAUUUAUGUGCCACAUCCCAAAGGAGUGAGAAUAGAUGUUACUAUCAAUGAGCGCUACGACGGGUCCUAUGCAGGGAACCCCCAGAAUCUCUUCAGCAAUGUUGAUAUUGGUUAUGCAUUUAGACGUGAUGGACCAAUUCGUAGAACACCUGUUACGCAAGUGCUUGUUUACAGACCAAAGAGACCAUUGCAAUCAUUGACAGAGUUUAUGGAACCGGAAAACGACAUUCAGAUUAACAGGCAAUUUAUGCAGGGCCAUAACAGAUACUAUUUGACCUACAGUCAUCAAACUUUGUCAGUUGAUGGGUCUUGCAUAUUCGAAGGGUUUCGACCAAAAACGAGGGCAACUUGACCUACUUUUGGAAUUGGACACCUAUAUUUAUAUAUUUCAGAUACUAUUUGACGUACAGUCAUCAAACUUUGUCAGUUGAUGCGUCUUGCAUGUUCAAAGGGUGUUGACCAAAAAGGAAGUCACCUUGACCUACUUUUGGAAUUGGACGGCUAUAUUCAUAUAAUUCAGAUACUAUUUGACCUACAGUCAUCAAACUUUGUCAGUUGUUGGGUCUUGCAUGUUUGAAGGGUGUUGACGAAAAAGUAGGUCACCUUGACCUACGAUUGGAAUUUGACAGCUAUAUUUCAAUAUUCAGAUACUAAUUGGCUUAAAAUCAUCAAACUUUGUCAGUUGAUAUUUCUUGGGUUCUCAAAAUGUGUAAACCAAAAAGUAGGUCACAUUGACCUACUUUUUUUGAAUUCUUAGGAUUUAACUAAAGAUUUAGAAUACUAAGAGGCUAAGAAUAGAAAUGAUGGGGUUGUACAAUUUAUCAGAAGAG